AUCCCUCUAUUGACACAGCUCUCAAAUAAUUCUGCAAUGAAAAGUUAUUCUCUUUCUAUCAACAUCAGGACUCAUCACCACUUUGCAAUUUAUGGAUCUCUAGUAAUGGCAGGUUGAGAGAAACCAUAAUAGCUGCUAAUUUCUCCAUCUUAAAUUAAUUUAUUAUCCUGUAACGGUGAAUAUUCAUUAUUUAAGUUUUGUUUUGGUUGGGUGUGAAAUGAAAAUUAUUCGGUGUCUACAUUUUUCGGUCCAAAGGAGGUUCAAGUUGAUGGUCCUGUCACUUCUCUUCCUGACCUUCAUGAUGCAUUUUAUUCUGGAUGUACUCUCUUUAUCCACUACAGUUUCAUGCUCAUGUCCAUCUGAAAACCACCCCAGAGCCAAAACCCGCAUGGUUAGGAAGUCUCCAGUGGUGAGGUCGUUACAAGAUUUUAGUGGCAGCAAUGGAUCGUCAGUGUAUGGCAGCCCAAUGUUGAAGGCUUCUGAAGUGAAUGCAAAAGAUUCAAACAAAAAACUGACAAGAUAUCAAGGAUCAAAGCUCACCUCACUUUUCCAGCACCCCCUGUAUAAUACUCCAAUACCAGAGAUCAAGGAAGAAGAUAUGCUUUUUAGAGUCAAUGCUGAGGAACGAUUUACACUGAAAGAGAUCGGGAGUGAGGAAUGGGUCAGUGCUGGACUGAAGUUUGAGCUUCCCACAGGUGAAGCAGCUGCUGACACUUACCCAACAUGGCUGAAAUUUCACAUAGGAAUCAACAGAUAUGCAUUAUACCCAAGACAAGACCCUCUUAUUCCCAUCCUGCUAAAAGAAAUAUCUACACAGCACAUUCUUAACUCCGUUCAGAAAACUGGUGGGACACAGCUUAAACUGCUUAUGACUUUUCCAAACUAUGGACAGGCUCUCUUCAAACCCAUGAAACAAGAUCGCAACCAGGAAACAUCCCCAGAUUUCUUUUAUUUCUCAGAUUUUGAGAGGCACAACGCAGAGAUUGCAGCGUUCCACCUGGACAGGAUCCUGGAUUUCCGAAGGAUUCCUCCUGUGGUUGGACGUCUUGUGAAUAUUACCAAAGAAGUCAGAGAUAUCACUACAGACAAAAAGUUAUUCAAAACUUUUUACAUCUCACCAGGUAUGCUGAAAAAGGCAUUCUUCAAAUCAAUUACAGAGAAGAACGCAGCAUCUGCAGGGAUUGCAGAAAUGACCAACAACAUUUGCUUUUAUGGCGAAUGCUCCUACUACUGUUCCACGGAGCAUGCGCUGUGUGGCAAGCCUGACCUUCUAGAGGGAUCAUUGGCUGCCUUUUUACCAGACACUGAACUGGCCAAGAGGAAAUCCUGGCGAAGCCCUUGGAGACGUUCAUAUCACAAAAGCAAAAAGGCAGACUGGGAGCUGAAUCUCAAUUAUUGUGACACCGUGAAAGUGAUGCCACCCUACAGUGAGGGAACACGACUAUUGGACCUAAUCGAUCUUUCUAUUUUGGAUUUUUUCAUGGGGAACCAAGAUCGUCAUCACUAUGAGACAUUCGAGAAGUUUGGAAACGAGACCUUCCUUCUGCAUCUGGACAAUGGAAGGGGGUUUGGACGACACUCAUAUGAUGACCAAUCCAUUCUGGCUCCUCUACAGCAAUGUUGCAGGGUGAAGAAGUCUACACUGCAAAGGCUUCAACUCCUGGCUACAGAUCCAUAUCGCCUGAGUGAUGUAAUGCGAGAGUCUCUGUCCAUGGACCCUCUUGCUCCCAUCCUGUCAGAGCCGCACCUUUUUGCCCUUGACCGCAGGCUGGGCCUUAUCCUUAGUGCUGUAAAGGAAUGUUUCACAAAAGAGGGACAGCACCGUGUGGUCUAUGAGGACCUGGCCAGACUACCCAAGGAGAGAAAAUGAUAGGGGUCAAAAUAUUCUAAAUAUGAUGACAUCUAGAGCGUGAAGUAACACCCCUCAUCCAUCCCAGAAUACUUUAGUUACUGACUGUAAUGCACAUAUUUGUAAUACACAAACUUCAAUUUAAGAAUGAUAGUUCUUUAUCUGUGUACUAUCAGCUCAUGUGAUAACUUACUGUAAUACAUGUAGAACAAAUGCAAUAAAAUUUAAUAUUUUCUCAGAA